AUGACUUGUGUUGGGAAAGAAAACAGUUUUCUUAUAUAUAAUGGGAGCAAUUUUUUGAAACAGCGAUUAUUGCUUUCUACACUAAGUGGCAAACCGAUCGAGAUCCGUGAAAUACGACCACUGAACGACACCAACCCCGGGCUUCAAGAGUAUGAAACGAACUUGCUUCAGCUGUUGGACAAGCUUACAAACGGAUCACGUACAAGAGUGGAUCGCAACGGAUGCUCAUUCGUCUAUCAACCCGGGCUUUUACACGGUGGCAUAGUACACCAUGAUUGUAGCACCGAGCGUGGAAUUGGUUACUAUCUAGACGUUUUGGUUGCACUCGGGCCGUUCUGCAAGAUGCCGCUCCAAGUCACGCUGACCGGUGUUACGAACAGUAAAGAAAGCCCUUCCGUGGAUCACAUCAAAGCAUCUGCCCUCCCUGCGCUGAAGCGGUUCCUGGUCGUAGAUGAAGGCCUUGAAUUGAAGAUUCUAAAGCGUGGCAUGAUGCCGGGAGGCGGAGGCGAGAUAAUGUUUCGUUGCCCGGUGCGUAAGACACUGAAAGCGGUGCAGUGUACUAAACAAACGAUGGUUAAACGUAUUCGUGGCACCGCUUAUUGUUGCAAAGUUAGUCCAGCGAUGGCAAACAGGGCCGUAGAGCAUGCGAAGGGAGUGAUGCUAAAUUUCCUGCCCGAUGUUUACAUCAACACGGAUCAACACAAGGGAAAGCGCUCAGGAAACAGCCCCGGAUACGGUAUCAAUCUAGUGGCGGAAACAACUGACGGUACCACGUUUUCCGCAGAAGCAGUUUGUAAAACGAUAGAAGAGCAAGGAAACCCUUCGAUUCCGGAAGAGCUUGGCCGAGAGGCGGGAAUGAGAUUACUGGACGAAGUGUUCCGUGGUGGCUGUGUCGAUUCUACCUUCCAGUGGCUGGUUGUUUUAUUCAUGGCUUUGGCGCAAAAGGACGUCUCCAAAAUGCUCAUCGGACCAUUAUCGCAGUACACCGUCCAUUUUCUCCAGCAUCUGCGAGAAUUUUUCGGUAUUACGUUCAAGCUUGAAAAUGCCAACGGAGAUGGCGAUGAAGCAGCCGACCGGGACGAUGACGAAUUGUCUGGCUCAAACAAGGUCAUGGCUACCUGUGUCGGAGUGGGCUACAGUAACUUUAGCAAACGUGUUAACUAAGGUGCUCUUACGAUUUCUGAAACCAGAAACAAUCGUCUAAGGGCUUUGUGUAAUUGAUAAUUGAUUGAAGCAGAAUUGA